AUGGGUCAACUGGAGCCGUUAAUCUCCCAGGCCUUGGGCCGGUCUCCUUACGACGAUGUCGUCCCCGGAGACCCAGACGCUCCGGCGGAUCCGCAGUCUAACAACCCGCAGAUGUACGAUGAGCGAGGGCGCCCCGUGAAUGAGGAGACACGGCGUAUCAAUAGAGAUAUCAUCCGCUCCCACAAUGAAGUCAUGCAGGUUAUUGGUGUUGCAGAACCCGACACGGGCGCGGCCGAGACUCAAGCGCAGGCGCUUGCCAAUGCUCACGGCAGCUACGAAAACUCGGUUGGUAAUAACCUUGACAUGCUGGGUGGCGUGCUUGGUACAUCCAUUGCUUGGGGUGUUAGUGGUGUACGCCAGCGCGUUUUGCUGUACGAUCUGUAUUCCCAGGUUCCGUUCCACGAGCUGUUUCGACUCCAUCGGCAGUACCAGUCCUGGCCAUCUUAUCUCUACGCAGGCCUACCGUCCUUUAUUGUCGGAACUGCGCUACUGCCCAGCCAGCUGUCGAGAGCCAUCGAUAGUAUCCUGGGUUCCAUACUUCCGGCAUCGUUAGGAGAUAUGCAGUUUCCCUAUCUGCCUUCCUCUAUCGUGAAAUACAUUCGGAUUCACCUCGAGGUGUUCUCCCUGAUGCAGCGCGUAGGGAUUAUCUCACCGACAGCCUUUUUGCCGGGUCUCGCAUUCUUUUGGCCUGGAUCGACUAGCUCGCCCUUCUACAUCCCUUCGUUGCCAUCGCCAUUGACCUACGAAACUGUGCUGCAGUGGUCUCUGCCCUUUGCUUGUGGUGCGGCGCCUUUCGUAGGGUAUUUCUUCUAUGGGAUCGCCAUGAGUCGUGUCUCGAGCUUCUUUACUCGCAACAUUGAGCAGCGUCUACCACAGCCCAGGACUCAAUCGUGGCGGGUACCCUUGAGAGAGCUGCCUCCCCCACCGCCUUCAGUUGUUGCGGGCGGUCUGGCCGAAGAGCAGCCUAGGAACGCGGGCGACAUCGCCAGAGACGAGUCUAUAUCGCGGGCCCAUGAGGGGCAACCGGCCGCCGGCGGUCCCCCCGCUGGACCAGUCCGGCGCCAGAGCACAGCCUCGGCACGUGGGGACGAAUUCUCCAGCGACGAUGAAGGUGGCGACAUAAUUAGUGCCACCCUGAUCAGUUUCGACGUGGAGGCUAGUGAAGCCAACGACACACAUCAUGGGGCGGCAGCUUGGUCGGCCGAGCUCAGGCCAAACAUGUCGGAGAAUAGAGCGGCAGUGGCUCAGGAGCCCAGAUACCGCGUCAAUGCGCUCACCACACUGCCGUCUCGCAUGGCAGCCGACUUUCUCGGAGCCGUUGCAACCAGGAUUGUGACCGCACCGCUUGCAAGUGUGAUUUGGACUGGCAUAGCCAACUGCUAUCUUGCCCGCGGUGAUGGUCUGGCGUUUGAUGCCCUUGCCGUCUUUGGGUUCACUUUGAGCGCCCUGCCGCGUUGGUCAUGGCAAAGGACUAGAAAUCUGCUGGGGAUAGAGCUGAUGUAUUUCACCCUGAGAUUUGGGGCAUGGGGUCUCACGACUUCCCUAGCGAAGCGUUACUUCAUGAGCGACGAGGAGUGGGAGAAAAAGCACGGGUUUACUUCGGAGUUCCUCGAAGACUGA